AUGUCUUGUUGGAGUGUGGCCAAGAUAUUGGCUAAUUACAGUAUAACUUCACAGGUACCAGAUUUGUCGAGCAUAAGCAAGGUUGUCCGAACUCUAGAUCUUUCUCAGAACAAGUUAAGUGUGUUGCCACCAACUGUGUGUGAUCUCUCCAAUCUCAAACACCUCAAUUUAAAUGGAAACAAAAUUAAUAAUCUGCCACAAGAAACAGGAAGACUGACAAAACUGGAAUCACUCUCUCUGGUGUCAAACCUUAUUGUUUCCCUGCCAGCAUCAAUGUCUGAUCUCAAGCACCUUAAAUCAGUCAUACUCAGUGAUAACAAGAUGACAGAAUUUCCAUUGGUACUGUGUGGGCUGCCCCAGCUGGAUGUUGUAGAUCUGAGUGGCAACAAUAUUACUGCUGUUCCUGAUGGUAUAGAAGAUCUACAAGCAGUGGAGCUAAAUCUUAAUAUGAACCAGAUAUCAGCAAUAUCGCCUUCUGUGGCUUCGUGUCCUCGCUUGAAGACACUCCGCCUGGAGGAGAAUUGCUUAGCACUAGCAAGUAUACCUGAAGAGCUGUUGGUUGACUCUCAAGUAUCCCUCCUCUGUGUUGAUGGCAACUUAUUCAAGAUGAAAGAAUUUGAGGAAGUUGAAGGUUACACUAAGUACAUGGAGAGGUACACUGCCGUUAAGAAGAAGAUGUUUUAGAUUGCUGCCUUGAAAUGUACGUUAUUUAUGUAUAUGUGUGUGUAAUACAAGCCCAUUGCUAAACAAGACAGCAAAAAGUUACACAUCUUUGAAACAAGAACUUCGAAGAGGACAAGAAAAAGAAGAAAACAAGAGGUACAUUGUAUUAUUCUCUCUAUAUUGUUUCUUAAAGCACAAUAGCAAAAACACUUAAAUGCUAGUAUUGAAAUAGAUAACAGAGCAUAUUGGAUGGAUUUUUUUUUUUUUUUUUUUUGCAAGCAUGUCUAUUGGCUUGCAUUGCAGUUGAUACCCUUGUAUCAGAGUAAACAAGUUUUUACAGAAAAUUGUGUGCAGUUAUCCCUUUGGUUUCUAGAUAUAUACCUUAUGCAUAAUUAUUAUUAAUAAAGCUUGAGAGUAAUGUAGUGACCCCAGCCUGGAACCAAGUAAUUUCAUAGAUUAUCAUACAUAAUCUGAUAUAAACCUUGGUAAUAGAUAUCGAUAAAUUGGUUUAGAAAGACGUGAGCAAACACUAGGACAUAUUUAUUAGAAAACGUUUCAGUCAUGGGACCUUGAUCAUUUCUAACAUACAGAGGCCAAAAAGGCAGUACAGUACAUGUAUAUGUAGAUGGAGAGUGAGGUGCGAGUGACACAUGGUGACCUGAAGAAUGUCAUAUUGGGAUGAGGACAGGUAGACAAUGGGAUCACGUGACUCAUAUGUUGUUAGGUAGGUGGUGCUUUGCCUAGUUAACCCACAAACGGUCCAAACGUAUAUAUACGUUUUUUCAACAUUUGGAAGUAUGUAAAAAAAGUAGAUCAUCUUUUUUGUUUUACAUUUGAAAACGUGUAAAAAAAAACUUUGAUCUACUUUUUUUUUUGUUAUAUUUGAAAAUAUGUAAAAAAAAAAGUAGAUAUACUUUUGGAGCACUAUGCAUAUGAAUGUAGAUCUGCUUGGACCGUUUACUGGUUAAAUAUCGUGUAUGCAGAUUUUUUUUUGAAAUUUCCAGUAUUAUGUUCUGUGGUGUCAGUGACGGUGAUUAGUGAGUGUUCCAGACAUUGUUGGCAUCUAAUCCUGUUCUGUGAGGACACGCUGCGCCUCAUCCCAAUUCAUCAAAUGUCCCGUGGAGGACACGGGUAUAUCUUACGUGGUCUCUGUUGCUGGUGCUUUGAAGUUUGUUGAGGUGGACCAUCCCAUGCGGAUACUCUCCCAAGAAAUAUGUAGGGAAAGCAGACAGCAAUCUUUCAGUGCGCCUCAAUGAACAUUGAAAUUCAGACAACGCAGACAACUUAAGGUACACUUGUCCUUCAUGGGACAUUUGAUGAAUUGGGAUGAGGCACAGCUCAUCCUCACAGAACAAGAUCUUAGAAGCCUCAUUAAUCACUGUCAUUGACACUAGAGAACAUAAAGAACAAAAAGGCACAAACCAUGACUGGAACAAUACACAAAUAACCCUGACAGAUAUUUCAGCCCAAGAUGGACUGAUAAGCUUCUUUCUUCUAUGUUUGAGUUAUUUGUGUACCAGAGAACAUAAUACUGGAAACUACAAAAUUUCAGAAACAUUAGCAUAUGUGAUACUCAACCAGGCAAAGCACCAUGUACCUAACAACACAAAAGUCACAAGAUCCCAUUGUCUGUCUGUUCUCAUCCUAAUAUGGCAUUCUUCAGGUCAUCAUGUGUCACUCGCACCUCACUCUCCGCCUCUUUAACCUCUGUACGUUCAAAGUGAUCAAGGUCCCAGGAUCAAAACGUUUUCUAUUAAAUAUGUCCUAAUGUUCGUUCAUGUGUAUUUCUAAACCAAUAAUAAUUUGAGUUGAAAUGUCCCUGUGUGUUUGGCAAGGCAGCUGUGUGAAGAUUGCUUGUGAAUAUGUUUCAUUCUUUUGGUUGCCCUACUUUCAGAAGUAGUUCAUGUGAUAAAAAAAAAAAAGCAAACCUAAUUAUACUUACAAAAAUUCAAGAGUAAUAUAAUGACUCUGAACUUGGAGCGAAGUUAUAAUUCUUAACUUAAAUGACUUAGUUAUGACCUGGAUCAACUUUUUGUCACAUUGCUUGUAUAUUAUUAUAUUCAUGGUUAAGUACUAAACCCAUGGGAAUCAUACAGUGCCUGGGGAAUGGGAAGUAAUUAUCUUUAAUCAGAGAAAGGAGUGGUAGAUUAAUAACUUUAGAUCAAGAGUCCUUCAUCUGUAUCAAGGCAACCGUCUUCAGUGCUAGGGCAUAUGUAGUCUGAUUAGUAUAAGUUUUUUUUCUUACCAGGCAAUAGCCCUUCCAAUGCUGGGCCGCAUUAAUGUGAUGGUUGGAUUUUAGUGGUUGGUGCAAGGGCUAAGAGACUUUUUCUCUGGGAGGAGUGCCACUCUCACCAUGGGUUUCCUUUGAGGAAAGUGCCUUGAUGCCAGUGAAGGAAUCUUGAUUUAAAGAAUUGGACAUAGGAGAGAGGAGCUUAUGAUGAUAUUUUGGUCAACUUUCGGUCUGAUUUCGACCGAAAUGUCGUCGUAAACCCCUCUCUCCUAUGUGUGAGUUAUUUGUGUAUUGUUCCUUUUUGUUAUUUAAAGAAUUGGAGCUUACUCCCUUUCCUUGAAUAAAAUCUGAUUGCCUCCCAUUUCCCAAGGCACUGCUUGGCCUCUAUGGGUUGAUUGCUCCCCCUCCAUGAAAUAAAUAAGUAAAUCAUCAUAUGGUCCUUACCAGAUUGAUAACCCUGAAUCUCUCUUGAAAUAAAUGGUAGGGAUAUUCUCCUUUUCAUGCGUAUUAUAAGAGGCAACUAAAAUGCCAGGAGCAAGGGGCUUGUAGCCCCUUCUCCUGUAUACAUUACUGAGUUUAAAAAGAGAAACUUUCAUUUUUCUUUUUGGCCACUUUGCUUUGGUGGGAUACGGCCAGUGCGUUGAAAGAAAGAAUUUCCCUUUCAUCCUAAUUUGCUGACACUGCCAAUGACAUGGAAUGAAUUAUGGUUUGUGUAAUGUGAAAAAUAGAUUUUGAAUACAGUGGACCCCCGGUUAACGAUAUUUUUUCAUUCCAUAAGUAUGUUCAGGUGCCAGUACUGACCGAAUUUAUUCCCAUAAGGAAUAUUGUGAAGUAGAUUAGUCCAUUUCAGACCCCCAAACAUACAAGUACAAGCGCACUUACAUAAAUACACUUACAUAAUUGGUCGCAUUCGGAGGUAAUCGUUAUGCGGGGGUCCACUGUAAUUGUACUUUUUAUGUUAUGAUUUAUGUAAUAUGCUAGUGAAUUGGUUAUUGUUGUAGCACAUUGAUUUUGAUAGUUAAUUUGUUAAUGCUAGAUACAGAAUACAUUUAAAGCUCUGACCAACCAAACUCUUCUAGUUCUUUGUAAAUAAACCCAAAUGAGCCUGAUAAUAGGUAUACAGUAGCAGGGAUAAUGUUAUCAACUCUAGUCCUGUCAAUGUGAAAUUUACUGUGAGUUGAAUGUAACACAUUCAAGUUUAAAUGUGAUGCAGGAACUGAAACAUAGGACCAGACCUCAUGUUAUUAUUACUAUAAUAUUCUUUUCUUUAUGGGAAUCAGUUCACCCAUAAAGGUCAUAUCACCUAGGGAAUGGGAGAUAAUAGCUUUGAUUCAAGGCGAGGAAGGGUAGCUCCAAUUAGUCUGUAUUCAUUUCAAAACUUCAUGGGGAAGUGGAACAGAAUUCUUCCUCCAUAAGCCAUGCAUGUUGUAAGAGGAGACUAAAAUGCCAGGAGCAAGGGGCUAGUAACCCCUUCUCCUGUAUAUAUUACUAAAGUUUCAAAGAUAAACUUUUGUUUUUCUUUUUGGGCCACCCUGCCUCAGUGGGAUACAGCCGAUUUGUUGAAAGAAAGAAAGAAUUAAUUUCAAAAUUAUUACAUAUCCUUGGAUCAAGAGCACUUCACCAGCAUCAUGAGAACCCACCUUGAAGAACCAAGAUACCAAAAUGUGAAUUUUGAUUUAGUUGACUGGAAGGAAUAAUGCAAACCAUAAUAUCAUGUGUCUGACUCUAAGGAUAUCUGAUUAAAAUUGGAUUAGGGUUCCAAUCAGGAAAAUGAGGAGGUGGAUAAUGAGAGCUCUUAAAACAAGGGAGAUCGUGCCGGUGGUGACACUUCAAAUUUCUUGUGUUCUGUCACUUUAGUGUUGUUUACUAUUGACUUCUCUGUUCAUAACAGGAGAUAUAUCAGACCUGCCUAGCAUGGGCCACCAGGCCUGCUGCAGUUCUCCUUCUUUCUUAUGUUUUUAUAUCAGAGCUGGAAUAGGUACAGAGGUCAUUUACAGUCUGCAUAGAGUUAAUAAAACAUUUAAAUACUGGGAAUGCCCAUAAGUCCUAAAUGUGUACUUGCUGGAGUGGAGGAGAGAUACCUAAUCAUAUGUACACAGAAAGGCCCAUUGGCCUGGUGGCUAAAGUUCCCGCUUCACACACGGUGGGCCCGGGUUCGAUUCCCGGCGGGUGGAAACAUUUCGACACGUUUCCUUGCACCUGUUGUCCUGUUCACCUAGCAGCAAAUAGGUACCUGGGUGUUAGUCGACUGGUGUGGGUCGCAUCCUGGGGGACAAGAUUAAGGACCCCACUGGAAAUAAGUUAGACAGUCCUCGAUGACGCACUGACUUUCUUGGGUUAUCCUGGGUGGCUAACCCUCCGGGGUUAAAAAUCCAAACGAAAUCUUAUCUUAUCUUAGUGACUAGUCCUAAAUCAACAUACUUCCUUAACAACAUACUAGAGUAAGAGAUAGGGGAGAAUAUGUAAAAUGAGUCCAUUGAAAAGCAUGGGCAGAGUAGGUACAAUAAGAGAACACCAUAUUAACAUUCAUGGUCUCAGACUUUACCACUUUACCAGAAGAUAUCAGAAAUACCGCUGGAACACAUUUAGAGGUUUUCAAGAGAAUAUUGGACAAGUAACCCACACCAAGUGCCAGAUCAACCAGGCUGUGAUAGAAAUGUGGCCAGAAAUCUGAUGAACCGAUCAAAGAUAUAUCAAGGGUAAAGGUAUAACCGGUGGGUAAUUUGGUUCAGACAUGUUUACCAGGUCGAGGAUGAUAUGGUAGAAGGUCUGUGAUAUCUUGGCUCCAGGCUUAGUUCUCUGCUUAACUCUUGAAUUUUCUUUUAUGUUUGUCAGUAUAAAUUUCAGAUUUCACCUAUUUAAUUUUAUUCUCUACUAUUUACUGUCAAACAGGUUUUGGUGCAGUAAUACAGUUGCAUUUCUUUAAUCUGAAAUGUUUGUUGCAUUGAGUCUUCCAGACUAAGUUUUCUCAUAAUAUAAUGGCCAUUUUAAACUUGACCAUUUUCUCUUCACCCCUACCCACCCGAAAAAAAAAAAAAUAAUGGAGAUAUAAUGGCUGAAAAUAUAAAGACAUAUGUAUCAAUUAGGCAAAACCUGCCAAAGAAA